AUUUGUAGAAUGAGCUGACAGCACCACACCAGAUAAUUCAGUAACAGUAGAUAAAGAAUUACAACAGAUAAGAGAGAUAAGAGCUGAUAAGGGGCGACAAUGAUAGAGCUGCUGUUCCUCCUCACGAUAUUGCUGCUACAAGUCCAAGGAACGACAUGGCCUACUACAAAGUUAAUACAUCCACCGAGUGGUAUCCUUAUAGAAGGAGCUGGAAGGGCAACAAACAUUACAUUUGAUGUUUCCGGCGUACCCUUCCCAGAAGAGAGAAAAUGGUACAAAGAUGGUGCCGAGAUUACAACAUUUAAUAAUAUGAAUGUUGACGAAUCAGGCGGCAAUCUCAUAUCUUUAAAAUUUAACGCUCUCUCGAAAGUCAAUGAAGGGGUCUAUUACUUCGUUGUCAGAGAGUCUAAGAAUACUCUAGAAGCUAGUAAAAGUUUGGAAGUUAGGCUAAAAGUAUCAUUUUUAGACGAUUUUCAAGACAGUGCUGAAACACAGACAAAGACUGCUCAGGUCGGAGAGUUUGCUCGUCUUGAGUGUAGAGCACCUGCACACUUUGGAGCCUACCCUAAAUUCUCAUGGAGCAAGGGAGCCGAGAAGAUAGUUGAAUCAGACAGUAUAUACGUGUCAGAGUACGGUGAUCUCAUUAUCAUGCAGGUAGCAUUUGAACAGUACAGCUCUGACUACAGAUGUACUAUCAAGAUAGACAGCCUAAUGGAGGGAGAGCAGGAAAAACAAGGUCCUGCUGUGUCACUUAUAGUAACCGGUAACGCUGCCUCCUACGUUCCUCCUAAUAUAGCUCUACAGCCAAUCGACCUUAAAAUCGACGCUCAGGUUAAAGAGACGUUCCGAGUGGAAUGUGCCGUUAACGGUUACCCCACCCUACCCAGUAUCAGGUGGUAUAAAGACAGUGUCCAGAUUGGCUCCAGUGGUAUUAUAUACGAUCUGCAGAACAGAAACUUUCUCAAGAUUUCCAUUCCCCGAAGUGGCGGCAGUGUAGGUGGAACAUACCGAUGUGAGGCUAACGACGGUACUAAACAGAUCUACGCUAGUGCUGAGAUCGAGAUACAGACCAAACCUAUUAUAACCACUGGGUUACCUACGGCGGAGGUCAAGAAAUCAUCUGGCUCGACCAUGGACCUGUCCUGUGAAGCUACCUCCACUCCAACUCCACAGUACAAGUGGUACAAGAACGCCAACCUGCUCACAAAUGAUAAUUUGAAUCACGCGAUAAACGGCGGCAACCUUUCUAUCUCUAACAUCAACUCUCUGAACAGGGGUGUUUAUCAGUGUGAGGCUUUCAACGAUAUUGGAAGUACGAUCUCUACUGGAAUGAUAAGAGUACAAGAGAGACUGACUUUUGUAAUCAGACCAAAAGAUGUGGAAGCAUUCCUCGGAACAGCGGCCACUUUCAACUGCCAAGGCAAAGGAGACCCUAAACCUACCAGUCUCAGAUGGGAGUUUAACGGGGGCACCCCUCCUGCUACUCACGACUAUACCAACAACCUGGUGAACCAAGCCACCUACAAGAUCCCCAAAGUGACGAGCUCAGAAAGGGACGGCAGGGUCAGCUGCAUCAUCUCGUCCCCUACCAACCUCUAUCCAGAGGACACUGCCACUGCUAUUGUUACCAUUAGAGAGGGCCCACAAGUUAAGGCCACACAAAAGAACAUCACCGCCAACGAGGGAGAACAGAGAGACUUGACGUGCAUGGUGGAGAAUGUGGGAAACAGUGUCAAUUGGAAGUGGCUCUUCAAGGACACUCUUAUUACUCAGGACGAUGAUAGGAGGAUAACAGUAGAACAUAACAUGAUCGAGAUCCGGGCACUGACAGGUGCUGAUCAGGGCACCUACACAUGUCAAGCUGAUGAGAACGGACUCUCCAACUCUGACACCAUGUUCAUUAUGGUGAAGACUAUGCCGCGUAUUACACUGGACGACACUUUACGUAUUGGAGAGGGUGCUGAUGCUAGGUUAACAUGUAAAGUGACCUCAAACCCAACACCAGCCAUCUCCUGGAUCCGUAAUGGACAGACUAUCAACAACUCUGCUAAGUUCACUAUAGAUCAACCUAAUGAUGGUACUUCUAUCUUGGUCGUCAGCUCCGUCGACAAGGCGACUGAUAUCGGAAAGUACGCUUGUAAGGCUUCUAACGAACUCGCUACAAAACAGUCAGAGAUCGAUCUAGUUGUGGUGGCAGCAUGCGAGGUAAUGGACAUCCCUAAAGACGCAGAAGCAGACUACCAGACAACAGUGACAGUCUCCUGCACAGUGAACGCUUGUCCCACGGCCCAGUGGACCUGGAUGAAGGAUGGUCAGCUGAUCAACUUUGACGGCAGUAGGACCAUUGACAGGGGCAGCUCCAUCGAGUUACGACAAGUAGUACCAACAGACGGAGGUGAAUACUCCUGUACUGUGGACAGUAACAAUGGUCUUGAUAACAGAGGCACUUACAGCGCAACCAUCACAGUCACCGUCAAGGCUAAAAUAUACGGUUUCCCGAGUCUAAAGUCCUCUUCAAGGGUGGAGACACAGUAAAGAUGGACUGUUCAGCUCACGGAGAUGAUUCUCAGGGGUCGUUACUGGUGGAGUGGUACAAGUCUGGAGUGAG